AUGUCGAGUAGUAAACGACGAAUAUCUACAAAUGAACAAUGCCUAUCUAAAAGAUCUCGGCGCUCUAUAAAUCUUUUAGAUAAAAAUAGUGAGGCUUUGAUCGAUGAACUGAUUGCGGAAGAUUCCAGUGGAUCAGAAAUAGAUGACAUCGGAGAUGAUUUUAUCCCAGAAGUUAGCGAUCACGAGACAGAAACUGAUACCGAUUUAUCUGAUACUGAGGCCUCAACCCAGCAACCUCUUAUUCAGAUAGAAAAUAGUCGCAGUCCCUCGUCGGAAGACGAAAGCGUACCGCUUUCCAGGCUCAGUUCUUUUAGAGGCAAAAACAGAUAUAAGUAG